UCUGUCUCUGUGUCUCGUGGGCUCAGUGUCUAUCUGCUGCCGGCAGCAGCACUUUUAAACUCUGUAUCAGCUAAAUAUUUUACAAACAGGGAGCCUGAAUCCUCGGAAAAAGAAGAAGAAGAAGAAGAAGAAGAAGUUAUAUUUAAAAGUUUCAGUCGCUCAAGUGUUGCUUCUCUCCGGCAGAGCCAGAUGUGUAGUAGUGUAAGAAAGAUUUCAAAACUGUCUUGAAGUGACAAGAGAGGCAGAAAGAGAGAACCACGUUUCUAGUCAACCCAGCAGCAUUAUGGGUGUUAUUACUACACAGCCCUGCCUGCUGCUGUGUUUCCCAAUGAUGGUGUCGAGAGGUCAAGAUAUCCAUUUGUUGUGUGGCAUUUUGUUAUUAAUUACACACUGAGCAGGUUUAUUUCUUUGCUUUGAGUUAAAAACAUAAACAAAAGCAUGGUUUCAAACGAAACGUGUCACAACACCACCUGCAAUGACACUCUCAUCGUGAACGAGGAUGGCAAGCCGGCGACGAGCAUCAUCAUGUUCUUGGCCGCCGUGGUGGGCAACCUGCUGGCCCUCUUCAUCCUCGGGGUGCACCAGAAGGAGCACCGCUCCAGGUCCUCCGUGUUCUGCGUCUUGGUGACCGGCCUGGCCCUCACCGACCUGCUGGGCACCUGCCUCCUCAGCCCGCCCGUGUUCAUCUGCUACGCCUACAACUCGUCCCUGAUCAGCAUGGGCGGCCCGAGCCUGUGCAAGCUCUUCGGCUUCGCCAUGAGCUUCUUCGGCCUGGCGCCCACACUCAUCCUGUGCGCCAUGGCCGUGGAGCGCUGCCUGGCCAUCAGCCACCCUUACUUUUACUCCGUGCACAUCCGCCGCAGCUUCGCCAAAGUGACCCUUUUCUUUAUUUACCUCUUUUCUUUGGCCUUCUGCCUCCUGCCGUACGCAGGCUACGGCAAAUUCAGACAGUACUGCCCCGGCACGUGGUGCUUCAUCGACAUGGACGCCACAGGGGACGACCAGGCCAGUUUGGUGCUGGCCUUCUCCCUGUCCUACUCCUCCCUCAUGGCGCUGCUGAUCUUCGCGGUGUUUGUGUGCAACGGUUCGGUGAUCGUCAGCCUGGUCCAGAUGCACCGGAGCCAGAUGAUGCGGCGCGGCUCGGUCGGGUCCACGGGGAGGAAGAGGAAGCUGAGCCUGGCAUGGUUCGCGCAGGGGGACGAGGAGGUGGACCACCUGGUGCUGCUGGCGCUCAUCACCCUCAUCUUCGUGGUCUGCUCGCUGCCACUCACUAUUGCAGGCUUCAUCAACGCCAUCCACCCGUUUUGUGGGGACACGGAGAACCUGACAGCCUUCCGCUUCUACGCCCUCAACCCCAUCGUGGAUCCCUGGGUGUUCAUCAUUUGCCGCAAGUCCGUGUUUCGCCACCUGUGCUCCCUGCUGAGCUGCCGCUUCAGCAGAAGAGCCGUGAAGACGACGGCGCACUGCGCUCUGUCUUUACCCCUCGACAAUCACAUACAGCGCAACCGCCCGGACGUGACAACUCCACAGACAAACACGUUCUCCAGUUUACCUCUGUGACCCAGCAGAAGCCCUUCCUCGGCUGCGCUGGGUGACUGGAGGACAGGAGGCUUUCAUGUCUGAUAAAAAAUUGGAGCAAAUUGUGACAUGACAUUUUAACAUUUGCACACCGGAUUCCUGCACUCACCAUUUCACGGCAAGAAGACUUUGUCGAAAAACUUUUGGAAGAACGAAUGCACUAGGUCUUAAACCUCCAUUGAGUGAUGGAAACUGUUUCAAAGGUGCAAGGAGAGUUGUACCAGAAAAAAAACAGCACUGUAACUCAUCACUAAGGGACACAUCAAACCAUAUCAUGCCUAUGAAUAAUAUACUGUAAAAUCAGAAUAUAUGCACUCGGGUUAAAGCUACAUGUAUGAAUGUAUACUGUCUUCUUUUUUCUCUCAGUCACCGCCAAGUAACUCUACUAAUGGAUUGUCCACAUCUACACUAUCUAUGACAUGCAGGUCACCGUCAACAUGAAGAUAACGGUUUAUUUCCUGGAGUCGGAAACAUGUUAAUCCAUUUCCCCUGACCACAGUUAUAAUGUGUCCGUCGUCAUCGGUGACGGGUGAGCCUGAUCCAAAAGAGAAACACACAUUUUAUUCAAGCGAGGAGAAGUUUUCAUUUGGUUUUCCAGGCAAGAAGUAGUUUAUAUAAAUACAAACUAUUAUCAGGACUUAAUCUGGAGUCAAUCAUGCCACAAGACUGAAAGGCUACAGCCAUGCUAGCGGUCCUUUUAAGGCUUCACUUUGGCACUGCUUUGAGCUAAAUGCUAACAUGCUGAUGUUUAGCAUGUUCAACAUCUUAGUUUAGCAUGUUUCCUUGCUAACGUUUGCUAAUUAGCACUAAACAUGCUAAUAGUACAGCUGAGGCUGAUGGGAAUGUCAUCAGUUUUGCAUGUAUUUUGUCAUAUACCAAACUAACUAGGAGUCAUCCAAAGUUCAUCCUCUUAGCGCCAAAUAUGGCAAUUCAAGCAGGUCAACCUCAGGGUGGCAUUCAACGAAAGGUCAAGGGGUCAUCAGGCUACAUCUUCUCAGGAACAUGAAUGUUUGUACAAUAUUUUAUGGCCAUCCAUCCAAUAGUUGUUGAGAUAUUUGCAGUUUGGACCAAAGUGGUGGGCCGACAGACCAACAUAGUGCCAUGUCUAGAGUGAUGCCUAGAGUGUCUAGAGUGUUUUCUAAAAGACAAAUCUUGAAUUUGGAUGUUACCUCUUGACUAUAGAGUGCAAGUCUUUGUUCUAGCUGUGUUGCAUUUACAUACCUGUGAAAAUGGUCUUAAAAUAUGUCUUAUCAGAAAGUACUUGCACUGUUCCACCUCCACAGAUUGCUAGUACUAUGUAUGUAUAUGAACGUGUGAUGUACAGUAUGCACUAAUAUAUAUCAGAAUCUCAUCUUUCAGGUUGUUGUGGUCUGUUCAAAAAGGAACAACCUGUUAUUAAACAUUAUCAAAACACAUUAUCAGUCCUAAAAUGCAAUGAAUUAAAAGUCAAAAAUAAUGUGUUUUAAUUUAGGCUGAAGUUAGACUGAAGUUUAACCUGCCUUUUUGGAAGUUAAACCAAUCUUCUGUCAAUCAGAUUGUUUAAUCUGAGUUUUGGACUAAUCCAAACCACGCCUGAGAGCUGAGUUAAUCAGGAUUAAAAGGCCACUUUAGUCUCAAACUAGGAAUAAUUCCUAUAUAUAUAUAUAUUCCUAUCCAUCCGAUAAUGUCAUUGUAUUGCAUGAACAUUUGCUUUCCGCCCCUCCUUGUCGUUCUCACUGAUUUGUUAACUACCUACAAUGUUUGUCUGUGAAUGUUAAAGUCUGCUGCUGCAAAAUGCACUGUGAGAAUUAGUUUUAUUUUGUUGUUGUUGUGACUUUAAUGCCAUAGCUGCAUUUAAAUGUAGUGUAUUUAUGCCUUCUCACUGUGUUGUAAUGUUGUGUGUCCUUACAAGUGUGCUGGUUUGGUUUAUGCAGUGGAGUGCAGGGAUAUAAGGAUAACAGAUGUGGUGAUUUUCGGGGUUUUGUGCUGUGUUCCACAUUAACUUUUUGCUCUGUGGUCUUUAAAUACUCAGUCAUGCAUAACCCGAGGUAAGUCAGCCACAUUACCACUUGCACAUGUUGGUCUUUGAGGAUAUUUCAGUUGAAUGUCCAUUAAAAUGAAUGAAAGAAUACAUUUUUAGAAAACGAAAAUAGUAUUCAUUAUAUAGUACACAUUUUGUUCAUGUGAAAUAAAAUAUUAAUAUAAGAAAAAACUCACAACUUAUGCCUGUGUAUGUUCCCAAAGGGAAAUGUUUAUGUAUAUAUGAUUUUGUUUUUUUUUAUUACGGUGUUUAACAGUCCUACAUAGCCUAUUAAAAGAACGCAUUGCUCUCUAUGUCGCUCCAUGUAUAGUUCCUGACUGUCAUGAGACCAGAGCACGUCUGCUGUGCGUUUACAGUAUAUGAUGCGGAUGCAGUUACGAGAUAAACAGAACAUGAUUGUGUUACCAUUUGUUUGUGUCUUGUUACAACCCUUAACAUAAACCGUGACUACAGGGGAAUAUUUAUUUGACAAGACUGUAGCCAUUUGAAGAGGUUCUUUUACUGUAGCAAUUUAAAGGAAGCAUAAUGACAACCAAAAUGUUAUAAGUUUCAGAUGGAAGUAAAAGUUGUCAGAAUGAAAGAAAGUCAGUAGUUCAUGUACAAUAAUUGAUUGUUGACUUUGGACAUUUUCCCCAUAAAUGUGAGUGUGACAUUCA